GAGCGGCGAUCCGAACGAGACAGAAGCAUUCUAUAUUUGGUCAACAGCGAAGGAUCACGAGAAUAGAAUGGCUGCCGUCAAUGAUGUCAUUCAGCAGCAGCUAGCUGAACGGCUCGUUGAGGCCGCGCGUAUAGCCGAGGAUGAAAUUGACCGGGAGAUCGAGAGGCUGGAGAAGUUGGAUGAAGAUGAUCUCGAAGGCAUCCGACAGCGGCGGAUGGCGGCAAUGAAGAAGGCCGAGGAAAAGAAACGCGAGUGGUUGCAGCUCGGACACGGGGAAUACUCUGAGCUGAGUAACGAAACGGAAUUCUUCGAUGCCUGCAAGAAAUCUACGCACGUCGUCGUGCACUUUUACCGUCAGGAGACGAUGAGAUGCGCGAUCGUGGAUAAGCAUCUGCAGAUUCUCGCCGUCAAACAUCCUGAAACUCGUUUCCUGAAAAUUUCGGUGGACAAAGCGCCUUUCUUAUGCGACCGCAUGAAGAUACGCGUCUUGCCGACCCUGGUGUUAUUCAAAGACUUCAAAAGUGUCGAUUACAUCAUUGGCUUCGAUUCAUUGGGAGGGACCGACGAGUUUUCCACAGAGAUGAUGGAGUGGAGAAUCGCUCAGAAAGGCAUCAUCAACUACGCGGAAGACCUCACGACGCCACCAGACUCGAAACCCAAACCGAAAAGACCUGUGUACGGAGUUAAUCCGAAGAACAUCCGCAAGACGAAACACGGAGAUUCGAGUGAUGACGAUGAUGAUGACUAGUUGAGAAGUUCCACUUCGCCCGCCUAAGAUGCCUCAUUCGCCGAGGAUCCGUUUCAGAACGAGAAUAUCACAGCUUGCUGCUUUUAGGUAGACUUUUCCACGACGAAUAUGAGCCGAUCAAACGAAAAGUGUCCGCGAAUAAAUUUCGGUACUCAUUUUCAUACUCUGUGAGCCUCUUCGAGGUGUGAGGUCUAAAUUGGGCGUGGCGACGGAGUCUGAUUUCUGAGUAUAUGAUGAACGAU